AUGCGUGAUAAAGAUGGAAUCAUUUUUGAUCCAAUUGCACCACGUGCUGGUGAACGAUUAAUAGCUAAAUGUACACUUGUUGGUCUUACAGAUACGGAUAAACGAAGUGUUAGUUGGGAAUUACAUCGUUUAAAUGAUAAUAAGAAAUUUUUCUUAGCAACAGAUGAUCAAGUUUUUCAAUUUGCUCAACCAACUCGUCGACUUUAUGCUGAACAUGAUAUGGAUUCAAGUGAUUGGUAUUUAAUAUUUGAUCCAUUAGAUCGUGAAGAUUAUGGUGAUUUAACUUGUAUGUUAGCUGAUACUGGUUAUAAUAAUUCAAUAUUUCUCAGACGACGUUUGGUGGUUUAUAGUGAACCAUUUGUUGUUCAAUCAUCAACAAAAGAUAUUGAAGUUAGCGAAGGCGAUAAUAUACUUUUACAAUGUUUUGCUCAAGGUUUACCACCACCACAAAUUCAAUGGAUGAAAGCGGAUGCUACUCCAUUACCCGAUGGAAAUAUUCGUGUUAUUGGUGCUGUUGAACUUCCAAUAAAUGAUAUACAAAAACAAGAUAGAGGAAUUUAUAAAUGUUUAGCAAUUAAUCUUGUUGGAUAUGGUGAUGUAUGGACUCUUAAAGUUAAUGUUAAAUUUCCACCUUAUAUUCGUUGUCCAUAUCCAAUGGUUGGUCAAGCUGUUAGUUUUAUGGUUGAUAUAUAUGUUGAAUGUUAUGUACAUGGUUAUCCACCACCACGUAUUACUUGGUAUAAAAAUGAUUAUGGUGGUCAAAUUUCCGAUACAAUGACUGUUGAUGUUCUUCGACCUAUUUGGAAUUCAUAUAAAUAUAAAAUUGAAGCAACUAUACCUGAACCAAAUAUUUGUACUGAUUGUAUACUUUCUCGUUUAACAAUUAUUAAUGUUGAAGCUAGUGAUUUGGGUUCAUAUGUUAUAAAUGCAACAACAAAUGAUAAACCAUAUAAAACAGCUCUUGAUCAAGUUUUUGUUUAUGAAACACCGGAUUGUCAACAAUUUAUUACCCAUCGUGAUAAUAUCGGUUGUAAACGUAUACGUUUCUCAACUAAUACUGCAUCAUCAAUGUUUUUUCAAUCGAUUUUAUUCUUAUUCGUAACUUUACUCAUGACUUCAAUGACGCGUUCAUCGAUUACUGGACUUUAUCAUCCAAAUUGUUCUCUAGCUAACAGUGGAUCUUCCAUACGAACAAAAACAUCAUCUAUUGAUUGUCUAUUAAAUGCUGAUAGAUCAGGAUUUGUACCGUCGAAUACAUUAAUGAAUUCUUCUCGUUCAUUUUCAAAUAUUGAUUUAUCAAAUUCUUCUUCGUCAUCUUAUCUUGAACAAACUGUUCUACAAGCUCAAAUAAAACGAGCAAUUUCGUGCAAUGAAACGAUGGAAGCAAGUAUAAAACGAUUACGUAGUGAAUCACAAAAUUCGUUGGAUGAUUUAAAAAAUAAAAAUGAGUCUUUAGAACGUUCUCUUCAUGAAUCAAAAAUAAAAGUUUCAGAAUUAGAACAUGUAUUAGAUAGAACUAAACAACAAACAAUUACUUCAAAUGAUACUUCAACUCCGAUUUCGAUCUAUGAACAACAGAUAAAUACAUUACAAAAUGAAAAACUUGAAUUAAAACUUCAAAUACAAAACAAUCAAAAUUUACAUUCAAAAGAAGUAACUCAACUUGAACAAACUAUUCAUGAAUUAAAACAUCAAUUGACCGAUACUGAAAAUAAAUUAAAAUUAAGUGAAAUUGAACAAGAAAAAUUAAAUAGUCUCAAUAAAAAUAAUUCAAAUCAAUUAAUUGAAAAAACUAAACAAAAUGAACAACUGCAAAAACGUGUUAUUGAAUUUGAAUUAAUGACAUCGACAAUGAAUUCAACUAAUGUUGUUAAUCAAUCAUUAGUUAAUGAUGUUAAACGAAUAACUGAUAUACGAUAUGAAAAUGAACAAUUAAAAAAAGAAAUUGAAUUAUUAAAACUUAAAUGUAAUGACCGAAUAUUACAUGAUGAAGAAAUACGUAUGUUACGUAAACAAGUUGAUACAAGUAAUAAUUAUCGAGCAUUAAUAGCAAAACAAGAAGCAGAAAUUCUUAAACUUCGUGAACAGUUAGCAAAUAAAAACAAAAUCGAUAUUAUUUAA